AUGGAUCUCCUCAUUAGGCCGGCAUUCAUCGUACUUUGUCUCUACUCAAAAAUACUAUCUACUCUUACCUUCUCUUCCCUGCUCUCCCCUCCUCGUCCCGUCGUCUCUGGUUGCCUCUUGCACUCACGGCUCUCCUCGUUGCCUCUUGCGGUCACGGCUCUCCUCGUCAGCACAGCAAUCGUCCUGCUCCUAUCAUCGACUCCCUCGCAGCACGGCAUCCCCACCUUGGACCUCCCACGCGUUCAAGCCAGCACGGCCGUUCAGACCAGCGCGCCCGUUCAAACCGACGCUCCAGAGCCGUCCGAUCUUCACCGAGCAGCAUCCGAUGCAGGCGCCUUGACAGAGCUCCAAUCAAGGAGAUCUCCCCACCCGGACAGCAUCAAACCGACCUAUCCCAACCAGGACGAACCAGAGGACUCGGAGACAGACCCAUGGCUCGAGAGCCUGUGUCUGGGGAAGCAGAAUAAGGGCUGCGAUCCUGAUCCGAACGCCGGGAACCGCUUACGCUCUGGCUCGGAGGGUAAGGGGCGAGUUGGGGGGGUGGGGGGGGUUCAAUGGGUGGAGCCAGUGGGAGAUGAGCCUCAGUCGGAGAUAGAGGCCAUUUGGGCCGCUCAUGCCGCCAAACACAUGACGUUCGGGAAGGUGCAACAGCCCAGACGCCCGGCCGAGGCUCGGGAAGAGGUUCGGGAAGAGGCUCUUGAAGAGGCUGGGGACAAGGUUCGGCAUCAUGACUGGAGUGAGGGAAGGGGGGAAAGUAUGGAGAUAGGGGGGAUGGAGGGGAUACCAGAGGGCACGUCCUUGCAGCAGGAGAAAGAGGAGGAGCAGGAGCAAGCGGAGCAGGGGCAGAAGAGGAAGGAGGAGGAGCAGGAAGAGAAGGGGGAUGAGACGCAGGAGGGAGAGGAGGGGGGGGACACAGAAAGAGAACAAAAGGAGCCGUGGCGCAUCUCUUCCUUCUCCACUCACAUCGGACUGUCCAGAGACAUACGCCUCUCCUCCUCCACCGUCCAUCGGAGAGUAAUAGCAGCCAGAGCACCGCCCCCAACUAAGAAAAGCCCCCCUCCCAGAUCCGCCACCUCAACUAGAAAACUCCCCCCCCCCGCCUCUGCCAAGAAGAUCCCCGCCUCCCCCCCGUUCCCCGCCCCCUCGCCCUCCCUCCCCCCCGCGCCCUCCCCCCCCUCGUUCCCCUCCCCCUCGUCCCCCACCCCCCAGCCCGAAGCCACCUCCGCGCCCUCCGCCGAGCCCUCCCCCCAGUCCCCCUCCACCCCCCGGGCCAAGUUGAUAGUGCGCACCAAGACGUGGCAAACGUGGUGGGCGGCAGCAGAGGGGGUCAACUGGGAGGGGCACGUUGCAUGCCGGAUAAUAGUGCGCACCAAGACAUGGGGCACGUGGUGGGCGGCAGCAGACGGGGUGAACUGGGAGGGGCGCGUAGGCCGGGUCUAUUCCACGCCCAGUGCUUCACAGGCGCUCACCAUCAUUCGAGUCUCCGACACUGAGUUCCAGUUCCUGACUCCCAGUAACACGUUCCUAACCAAGGCCCCCUCCAUGUUCCUGGAAACAACCACCAACUCCUCGGACCCGCUCACAGUGUUCACCAUUGAAUACAUCCCCGACACGGUCUACAUCGUCUUCAAGUCCUCCGAUGGAUGGUACAUCUCACAGAAUGGCGAAAGUGGCCCGCAGUUCUGGUGGCAGGGGGAGCCGGGCGACUGGGAGCGGCUUGACGUGAGGGAGAUCAUGUGGGUGCCGGCGAUUCGCGGGGCGAAUCUGGGGUCGUGGCUCAUGACUGAGCCGUGGAUGAACAGAGAGGUGUUCAAGUUUGCUGGCUAUGGUGAUGGCACCCGGUUCACUCUUCGCUCGGUGAUAUCGGGUCAAUACGUCACAGCGCCCGGUGGUGGUGGAACAAUAAUGUAUUGCAACGGUUCACUGAACAAGGACGCCUAUCUCCACCUCACCACCGUUCGGAACGCCUCAUCCAACACUCGCAGAAUAGCCGUGCAGUGGCUGCAGUACUGGGCUGUGAGGAAAAACUCACCCAACGUCUGGGUCCAAUCCACAGAGCCCGAGGUCAUAGCGAGCAACUUUGAGCUCUUCAUCUUCGGAAUACCUCUCAACGAAUCAACGGAGCAGAGGGGAAGCAGUGUGCGCGUGGUGUUGCGUGCUCCCAACGGCCUCUUUGUCCAAGCCAACCCCGACGGUUCCCUUACUGCUGAUCUUAUCGAUUCCCUCGAUAAUGACGCCAUCUGGAGCAGCGCUGCUGCCUUCGACCUCACUGUGCUAUGGCGGGUGGAGGCGGAUUGGCAGGCGGCAUACACAGUCGGCGCGGCCGCCCCAUCAAUCUACGAGAACAUUCGCCGAAACUUCAUCACGGAAGCAGAUUGGCAGAAGAUGCAAGAGCUGGGGAUCAACACAGUGCGCAUCCCCCUGGGCUAUUGGAUAGCCCUCGACGCCUCCCCUGAGUUCCCCUUUGUGCCUGGAGCGGCAACGUAUUUAGACUGGGCGUUUGAGAUGGGGAGGAAGUAUGGGGUGAGGAUUUGGUUCAGUGUGCAUGUGGCGCCUGGGUCACAGGCAGGCAAGGGGAAUGCGCGGGAUGGGCUGAUCCGCUGGCGAGGGGCGAAUAUCAACCGCACGCUCGACUUCGUCACCUGGCUCGCUGACAGGUACGCCACCGACCCUAUGUGGCUGGGCAUGGGGCUGCUGAACGAGCCGGUGGUGCCGGGGGCCAACGGGUACGCGGGGGUGGAUCUAGAGGACAUGCGGGGGUACUACUCGGCGGCUUUCAACGCCAUCCGCGCGCGCUGCCUGUGCUGCUUCGUGGCCAUGGAGGGCCGCGUGGGCAGCAACUUUGGCGACGUGAUGUGGCACAUGAGCGACGCGUGGCACAACAACAUGAUCCUGGAGCAGCACAUCUACGAGGUCUUCGGCAACUUCUUCAGCUCCCAGGGCGUCAACUUUGAACUUGAUUACGCUUACACCACCCGGGUCAACAACAUCGUCAGCUUCCAAGAGAAAGUGGGGCGGCAGCUGUUGGUGGGGGAGUUCUGCAAUGCAAUGGGCAACCCUGCAACACCGGAGCAGCAGGCCAACUUCUCCCUCGGCCAGAUGAAGGCAUUCAGCCACGCUAAGGCUGGUUGUGCCAUCAAGCUGUGUGCUGCAGUGGUGGCUCUUCUAAGAGUGGCAGAGUUCCAAGCUCGAGGGGUGAACAUAUCGUUGAACUCGCCUCUCUCCUUCCUCCCUCUGUACCCCGGAGACAAGGAGGAGAACCACGAUCCGUCCAACCUGAACGGAGGGCAUAUCACCAUUGCUCAUGAGAUCAGAAAGAUGUUAUUGGUGUCUAGCAACACGGCCUACAACAGGCUCUAUGCCUUGAUAGGACAAAGGCGUCUGAAUGAGGCCAUGCACUCCGUGGGUCUCUGUUCCGCCCACCUCUCCCACCGCCUCUCCAUCCCCCUCUCUCCUCUCGACAACCGGCGCUGCGAACCCGUGCUAGUGGGCGUGGAAGGAAAUGCAUCCGCCUUCUGCUUACCUCCCAAGUGCAGCAGUCAUGAGCUGCCUCCGGUGGAAGGAGUGGAGGGGUUGCUGAUUGGGAGUGCUUAUAUUGAUGACAAUGGCACCAAGCCAAUCAGAUUGGACAAGGGACACAGGCUGCCGCUGCUGGAGGCCAUGAGGCAGCAGUACCCAACCCACCACGGGAGAGGCCCCUACGACUUAUCAAGAAGUGUCUGUGAGGACUUCAUCUCUCCCUCUCCUCCUCCCCUUUUGCCACUGCCUGUCACCCAGCUGCCUGGCUGCCAGCCAAUCGGAUUGUAG